AUGCGAAUGGAACCAGUUUAUCAUUGUGAAAAUGAUAUUAAUAGAGGUAUUUUGAAUAAUGAUCAUGCAGAUGUUAACCCAUCUAAAUUAAAUAAUUAUACUCAAGACAUGAAUUCAAUAG